CUAGUAUUGAAUGGGCCGUGGUAGAGGCAGGUAGUGAGACUUCCUUUCUUUUACCCUUCUACAGCCGUGUUUAACCAUUGCGCUUGCUGAAACUAAUAUCCAAGGAUGGUGCGUAUGAACGUGUUGAGUGAUGCUUUGAAAUCUAUUAAUAAUGCUGAAAAAAGAGGAAAAAGGCAAGUCCUCAUCAGGCCUUGUUCUAAAGUUAUAAUCAAGUUUCUCACAGUUAUGAUGAAAAAAGGUUACAUUGGCGAAUUUGAAAUUGUUGACGAUCACAGAGCAGGAAAAGUAGUUGUAAAUCUGAAUGGAAGAUUAAACAAAUGUGGAGUAAUUUCACCUAGGUUUGAUGUUCCCAUUGGACAGAUUGAGAAGUGGACGAAUAACCUUCUGCCUUCAAGACAGUUUGGGUAUGUUGUAUUAACAACAAGUGGUGGAAUUAUGGAUCAUGAGGAGGCUAGGCGGAAACAUCUGGGAGGCAAAAUAUUAGGGUUUUUCUUUUAGAUUUUAUAAAAAAUAUAAAAAAUGCGAAAUAAAUUUUUCAUUUCGUUAU